GUCGCCUUUGAGAGAUCUUACGAAGUAGCAAAAAUGGCCGUCCCGUUGCUUACCAAGAAGGUCGUGAAGAAGAGGUCUGCCAAAUUCAUCAGGCCUCAGAGCGAUCGCCGUAUCACCGUGAAGGAAAGCUGGAGGAGGCCAAAGGGUAUUGAUUCAAGGGUUCGUAGAAAGUUCAAAGGUGUCACCUUGAUGCCCAAUGUCGGUUACGGCUCCGACAAGAAAACACGUCACUAUCUCCCCAACGGUUUCAAGAAAUUCGUUGUCCACAACGUCAAGGAGCUCGAGCUUCUCAUGAUGCACAACAGGACUUACUGUGCGGAGAUUGCUCACAAUGUCUCAACAAGGUUGAGGAAGUCGAUUGUGGAGAGAGCUUCUCAGCUAGACAUUGCCGUUACCAACAAGCUUGCAAGGUUGCGUAGCCAGGAAGACGAGUGA